AUGGGUAUUGUUGGUACUUGUCAUUUUAGUACUUACGAGAAACCACAGCCACCACCAAUUGUUUUAAAAUUGAAAAAGUUUGACGAUACUGGUCUAGUUCAUCAUCCAUCGACAAGACCAUCCGUCGAUCCUGUGGAUGGUAAUACAAGUGCAAGUGGCAAUGUAUCAUUACUUGUACGAAUAAAAAAAUCUUAUCUUAAUGGAGAUCAUAGUGACGAUGAUCAUACGAAUAAUUCAUCAACAGACUCUGUUAGACCGCAAGUAAAACGAUCUAAAAAAUCAUCAUUAUCUCCGUGUGAUAAUAUGAGCACUUUUUCAUCAGCAAUUUGUGAUGAAUUAAGUUCAAAUCAGAAAAUAAGAGAUGUUGAAAAACGAAAAGCGACAGAAAUAACACCAUUAUCCGAAAUGAAACCAGAACAUUGUAUGAUUGCGGAACAGUCGCCUGCAUCACCAUUGGUCAUUCGAUUACGACGAUAUUCAGAAACGCCGAUAGAAAAUUCGAACAGUUAUUUACAUAAUGAAACAACAUUAACUAGUGAUCAAAAUCGAACACAAUUAUUAUUAAAAUUAAAGAAGAAUGAAUAUGGUGAAUUGACAAGUGAACAUUCUCAUCAGUCACCAACAACUCUUCAACAUUCAACAACCGAUGCAAAUAAUAUGUCAUUGUCACAAUUUAUUUUAACGUCUUCCAAGGAUACAACAGAUAAUAUAUCUUCAUCGACAACAACAGCAAUAAACCGUCAUCCACUGAAAUCAACUGACGACGAUAAAGUUAUUCCGACAUCUUCACUUCCAAUAUCAUCGAUACAAUCAAUAAUUCAGCCAAUGAAUAAUGAGCCACUUAUCACCAACGUUCUAGCCAAUUUUUGCGCAACAAAUGGACCAUCAUCAUCCUCAAUAACAAAUUCUCAAUGGACAACUAUGAACAGUAAUAAUCCCACUACUUCAAAUAUCUCACCUAUCGACACAGUAUCAUCACUAUCAUCGUCAACUAGUCAUGCAGAGAUUUCAAAGUCGUGUUCGUCAAAAGAUAAAUCAGAAACACAUACCAGAGAAUUAUUAGAUGAAGCGUUAGAUAGUGUAAAAAAUGUUUUGAUGCAAACAUUUAAAAAAAAUCUUGAAACUGGAAGUGAAUUAAGUGCUUUGAAAAAUACAUUAGGAUCUGAUGAAGUGGCUGAAGCAUUUUUAGCUAAACUAAGACAGUCACUAAAACGUGAAUUAGAACAGGAACACGAACAUCGAGUAGAAUCAAAUCAAGAAUCAGCAAUUCCAAAUUCUCCACCAUUACUAACAACUACAGCUACACCACCAACACCAACAUCACCUGUUGUUGUUACUAAAAUAGCAAAGCGAAAAUCAUCAACACCAUCGACAAAUCCGAAUCGUUUUGAUGGCACAACUGAAGAAGAACUAACAAAACGCAUAUUAUCAGAUAUAUUGGAGCCAAAUUUAGACAUUGUCUUUGUUGGAAUUAAUCCAAGCUUAUAUGCUGUACAUAAAGGUCAUCAUUAUGGUGGACCAGGAAAUCAUUUUUGGAAACUUUUGUAUAUGUCCGGUCUGAUACCGAAUGCGUUCAAUGCGAAUGAUGAUCAACGUAUGCCACAGUAUGGUAUCGGAUUCACAAAUAUAGUUCAACGACCGACAAAAGCUGCUUCCGAUGUGACAAAAGAUGAAAUUCAGCUUGGUGCCGAAUUGUUAUUGCAAAAAAUUAAACUUUACAAACCAAAGAUUGUUGCGUUCAAUGGUAGAGGAAUCUAUGAAGUUUAUGCUGGGAACAAACAUUUUCAUUACGGAAAACAGCCGGAGCUAUUUCCGGACACCGAAACACAUGUAUUUGUAAUGCCAAGUUCAAGUGCACGUUGUUCCCAACUACCUCGUGCCGAAGAUAAGCUGCCCUUUUAUGCUGCAUUGAAAAAGUUGAAAGAAUUUGUUAAUGGACAAAGAACAGAAUUAAACGAAGGAGAAAUCACGUUUCCCGAUAUAAAGAUAAAAGAUACAGAUGAUGUAUUACAAAAAACAAUCAUUCGUAUUAGUAAUAAACCGUUUAGUGAAUUAUCAGCGGAUGCACUGAAAUCGUAUGGUGAUAAAAUUCCAACGCAGCAACUUGCAACAGCAUAUUCUGUUAAAUCAGAACCGUUAAUACAUUCACCCACAUCUUUAUUGGGUAAUAAUGAGCUUACAACGCAAACAAUGUCGAUAUUAAACAAUAAUCAUGGAAACUAUAAUAAUAAUAAUUUAUUGCGCUCUGAUCCUCCAUUACCUCCGUCGCCAUUAUCUUUCACAUCACUUCCUUCUUCUGAUAAUCAAUCGAGGUUUUAUCCACAGAAUCCCAGAGCAUCACCACCGAAUCAGUUAUUUAACAUUCCUCAAACACCUAUUUUAGUAACGUCAAAAAAUCAACAGCAGUUACAAAAUCCAUCAACAAAUUUGAAUAUUUCAAAUGGAUUACCGAAACAAAACAAUGUUGCUGUUAAUAAGCAAAUGAAUGAUCUUGUUAUCAAAGUUCCUUUAAGUACACCGUCAUCCACAAUUAUACCCAACGGUCAAGAACAACAAAAUAUUUAUUCAGUACCAAAUUCGUCAGUACCAUCACAAAUUGUGUUUCAACAACCACCAAAUACCUAUACUGUACAACAUCAUCCCCAAACAGUUUAUGUCGGACAAUACUCACAACAGCAAUUAUCCCACCAGCCUACACCACAGUUCUUGUAUUCUUCACCUUCGACCAUAAAUUUAGGUAUAAAUGAACGAAUGAAAGAAGAUUCUGUAUGA